AAAGCCACCAAAAGGAAACAGCAAAUAUUUGAAAUGUCUGAUAGAAAAAAAGUUCUAUUUAUUUGCUUAGGCAAUAUCUGUCGAUCACCGAUUGCCGAAGCUGUGUACCUAAAAACGAUAACUGACGCUGGGGUAGCUGAUCGAUGGGAAGUAGAUAGUGCAGCGAUCGGCGCUUGGCAUGUUGGAAAAGAGCCGGACCAUCGUGCUCUUGGUAUCAUGAAAAAAUAUAAUCUUCCAUAUGAUAACCGUGCUCGACAAAUUAAAAAGUCGGAUUUCAAUCAUUACGAUUACAUAUUUGGAAUGGACAAAGAAAACAUGUCGGACUUGAAACGUUUAGAGCCAAGCGAAUCCACCGCUAAGCUACUUAUGCUAGGCGAUUUUGAUCCAGAGGCUCCAAGUAAAAUUAUCCGUGAUCCAUAUUAUGACGAGGGAGCGGCUGGUUUUGAGCAAUGUUAUAAACAAUGUAUACGCUGUUGUUUGGCGUUUUUUACAAAAGUGCAAACUACUGAAAUUUAAAUUCUGCAGUCAUGCGUUGAAAACUGAGAGUUAAAAAGGUAUGGUUAUAAAAGAUUAGAGUCAAACUUAUGUAAAUUACAGCAGCUGUUGUCAAGUAGUUAUAUCAGGUUUGAAUUCGCAUAGAAUAUAAAAGUUAG